AUGCCGAAACUGGUGAAUGAACAAGAUAGCUGCGGAAGAAGUCCUCUUCACUAUGUUGCAGCCUCCGGUGCCUUAGCCUUGGUCGAUCAUUUACUACAACUAAAACCUUCCAAUGGAUCUUUCCUCGAUGGCAAUUUAGCAACACCGGCUCAUAUGGCUGCAGAAAAUGGGCAUCUGAAUGUAUUGAAAUUGUUUGUCAAGCGCUGCCGCUAUUGGAUCGAAUUACUCAACAAUCACCACCAAAAUAUCCUUCAUGUAGCAGCCCAAAAUGGACAUCUUAAAGUUGUUCGAUAUAUUCAAAAUAUGUUCAUGGUGAAUGAUCUAUUGAAUGAGACCGAUGAGGACAGAAACACCCCUUUGCAUCUUGCAGCAGCAAAAUUGCACAGCAGCAUCGUAAGUACUCUUGUCCAAACAGGAAAUAUGGAUACUUCGGCAAUCAAUAAAAAAGGUGAAACAUCCCUGGGUGUCGCUAGGAAAUUUCAGCUUGUUUCACCAAGUAAUAAACGAAAUGAAUGCACGAAUGGGAAUCAAGCCCAAGCAACUCCAAACGAGACUGGUUGUGCUCGUGAUGAAAAGAUAGAAGCAAAAAAGCAACGGACCAUUGAAAUUCUGAAUGCAGCAAGUGCAAGGCAAGCUAAAAAGUUAGAGGGAAUCCUAGAACAAAAAGAUCUUAUAAUAGAAUCAAUACGGUACAAGAGGCGUAAAGAAAUGGUCGGCACCCUCAUAGUAAUGGCAACAUUAGUUGCAACAGUCACAUUUACAGCGGCAUUCACCCUUCCAGGGGGGAUCCAAAGUGAAGGUCCACAUCAAGGGAUGGCAGUGCUAACAAGGAAAGCAGCAUUCAAAGCUUUUAUUGUCACUGAUACAGUAGCUAUGACUACAUCCAUGACCGCUGCAGUGAUUCUUUUCACAUCAUCUUUGAAUGAUGAGACAAAUAAAUGGAAUCUGCACUUCAUUUCCUUGCAGUUGUUAUGGAUGUCACUUGCCUCAAUGGGAAUGGCAUUCCUUACUGGACUGUUCAUUGUUCUAUCAAACUCAAUGGAGCUUGCUAUCGUGCAACGGACCAUUGAAAUUCUGAAGGCAGCAAGUGCAAGGCAAGCUAAAAAGUUAGAGGGAAUCCUAGAACAAGAAGAUCUUAUAAUAGAAUCAAUACGGGACAAGAGGCGUAAAGAAAUGGCCGGCACCCUCAUAGUAAUGGCAACAUUAGUUGCAACAGUCACAUUUACAGCGGCAUUCACCCUUCCAGGGGGAAUCCAAAGUGAAGGUCCACAUCAAGGGAUGGCAGUGCUAACAAGGAAAGCAGCAUUCAAAGCUUUUAUUGUCACUGAUACAGUAGCUAUGACUACAUCCAUGACCGCUGCAGUGGUUCUUUUCACAUCAUCUUGGAAUGAUGAGAGAAAUAAAUGGAAUCUGCACUUCAUUGCCUUGCAGUUGUUAUGGAUGUCACUUGCCUCAAUGGGACUGGCAUUCCUUACUGGACUGUUCACUGUUCUAUCAAACUCAAUGGAGCUUGCUAUCGUGGUUUGUUUUAUUGGUUGUCUCUUCCCAAGUUUCCUCUACUUGCUGGGGCCUCUUAUUCUCCCAGAGGAAUUUGUUUGGUCACUCGUGGAUAUCAUAGAGAAAAUCAAAACCAAAAUACACUCAUUCUGGAUAUUGCACAACUAA